GGGCCCUUUCUCUUUUCAGUCUAAGGAACUCAGACAUGACCAGGAAGAUCUUCACAAACACCAGGGAGCGAUGGAGGCAGCAGAACGUCAACAGUGCCUUUGCCAAGCUGAGGAAGCUCAUCCCCACUCACCCUCCAGACAAAAAGCUGAGCAAAAACGAAACACUUCGCCUGGCCAUGAGGUACAUCAAUUUCCUGGUCAAGGUCCUGGGGGAGCAAAGCCUGCAGCAAGCAGGAGUGGCUGCUCAGGGCAACAUUCUGGGACUCUUCCCCCAAGGACCCCACCUGCUGGGCCUGGAGGACAGGACUCUACUUGAGGACUACCAGGUUCCUUCACCUGGCCCCAGCCACCACAUUCCAUAGCGUGGCUCUGGCAGUC